AUUCUUCGCCAUUAAUUUUUCUCUUUCUCUUUCUACAAACUACAAGAGUCAUUCACACCACCACCGUCAGACCCUUUUCGCUUGUCUCUCGCCUUAAAUCACGACACAUAGUAGACGCCUUUCUUAUCUACCAGGAAACUCCAAUUCUAGUUCUGGGUGUAAUCGAAGAAACACGGCCGGCCAAUCCAGGUUCUGUUAAUGGCGGAUGAUUCAAAGCAGUCGUCGUCGUCGAACGGCGGCAGUCUGAUCUCUGAAAUGAAGCACGUUUUCGCUCUAUUACGGACUAAGAGAACCGGCGCCAUCGCCUAUGUCUUUAUGUUUGCUUUCAUCGCCUUUACCCUCUUCCUAGCCUUCAACCCAUCUUCAAACUCUUCUUCCCCAUGGUUCUCCAAUAUCUUCUCCAACAGUGUCACUUCUACUAAUUCGGGAACUGGGUCGUCUAUUUUUUCCGAUGAUUCCUACAGAUCUCACUUUUCCUCUAUUUUCUCCUACUUUUUGCCUAAUUCUUCUCAACAACAAUACAGCGAUUUUGCUCCGCCUCCAUUGUCAAUCGACAAAAAUACCAGAUCUCAGAACACCACCGGGAUGAUAAAUCAGACGUUGGGUGAAAAGGGUGAAGCUAUUUUGAAGGCUAAUGAGACAUCACAGCAACCGCCGCCUGCAAAUAACCAAACACUAGCUAAGGAUAAAUUUGAAGUCCCCAAAUCAAAUAAGACCACAAUUCAGCCGACAAACCCAAAACAGAACGUGGCUUCAGUUCCCAAGGCAUCUCCGGCAAACCCAAAGCAGAACGUGGCUUCAGUUCCUCAGGCAUCUCCUCCGGCAAACCCAAAGCAGAACGUGUCUUCAGUUCCGAAGGCAUCUCCGGCAAACCCAAAACAGAACGUGGCUUCAGUUCCUCAGGUAUCUCCUACGGCAAACCCAAAACAGAACGUGGCUUCAGUUCCGCAGAUAUCUCCUCCGGCAAGUUCAAACAAAACUGAGAAGGAAGAGAAUAAGGUUGUAGAGAACGGGAAGGUUAACAAUUUGACAUCAUCCUUGGCAAAGAAACAGAGUAACGGAUCGAAUUCCGGUUUACCAGAAGUUAAUUUAGUUGAAUCUAUGUUUGGUUGCGAUCUGUUCGAUGGAGAGUGGGUGAGGGAUGAAUCUUAUCCGCUUUAUAAACCUGGGUCUUGUUCAUUGAUUGACGAACAGUUCAACUGUCACCUUAACGGUAGGCCUGAUAAUGGUUACCAGAAACUGAAAUGGAAACCCAGAGGCUGCAGUAUUCCGAGGUUAAAUGCAACUCAUAUGUUGGAAUUGUUGAGAGGAAAGAGGCUGGUUUUCGUUGGAGAUUCUCUGAAUAGGAAUAUGUGGGAAUCUCUGGUCUGCAUCCUUAGAAACUCUGUAAAGAAUCAAAAGAAUGUUUAUGAAGCAUCUGGUAGACAUCAUUUUCGAUCUGAAGUGUCUUAUUCUUUCGUGUUUAAGGAUUAUGACUGCACGGUUGAAUUCUUUGUUGCUCCUUUCUUGGUGCAAGAGUGGGAAGUUUCAGAAAAGGAUGGAUCAAAGAAGGAAACACUUAGACUCGACAUAAUUGGAAGGUCGGCCGAUCUGUAUAAGAAUGCAGAUAUCAUAGUUUUUAAUACUGGCCAUUGGUGGACUCAUGACAAGACCUCCAAAGGGAAAGAUUACUAUCAAGAAGGCUCUCAUGUCUAUAGCGAAUUGAACGUUCUGGAGGCAUUCAGGAAAGCCCUGACCACAUGGGGAAGAUGGGUUGAUGCCAAUGUCAAUCCCACAAAAACCCAUGUUUUUUUCCGAGGUUACUCCGCCUCUCAUUUCAGUGGCGGGCAGUGGAAUUCAGGGGGGCAAUGCAACAAUGAAACCCAGCCGAUAAAGGAGAGGAGUUAUCUAAAAGAAUAUCCGCCAAAGAUGAGGACAUUGGAGAGAGUAAUUAAAGGGAUGAAAUUUCCAGUUUCAUAUCUAAACAUCACAACUCUAACUGAUUAUCGAAAGGACGGGCACCCAUCGGUGUACAGAAAACAGAGGUUCAGCGAUGAGGAGAAAAAAUCGCCAUUGUUGUUCCAGGAUUGCAGCCAUUGGUGCCUUCCCGGGGUGCCCGACGCAUGGAACGAGAUCCUCUAUGCCGAGCUUUUGAUAAAACAGCACCAGAGUAACCGGCUGCCUAAAAGACCUUCCUAGUAAAGUAUAGUCAAACAUAUUCACGUUUUGUCGGGGUAAUUGUUCUCCAAGGAAAGUGAGAAAGAGAGAUAUAUGCUUUUUUUAUAUAUAUAUAUAAUAAUACCAAUAUGUAGAUUGAUUGUCUAUAAUAUAUAGUAUUUAUUACCAAGAUAAAUGAAUAGUAGUGGUAGUAAUAGAUAGGCACGCAAUUUGCAAUAUUUAUUUUUUGUAUUUGUUGUUUCUCUAAGAAUGAGAAGAAGAGAGAAAGUAUUUGAGUAUUUA